AGUGGGAGUUGCGAGCUGCACAAACCGAUUUAACAAAACCACAGAGGACACACGUCAACAAUAAAUAGUCUGUCACAUAGUCCAUGAGUUACCUUCACUGCGUAGCAUGGAUUCUGCCUUCCAGUGAAACUUUCCAGAGAGCCGAAUACAACAAGCCUACAUUUGCGUCCAGCUCACUGGAGUCUGGUGACCAUCCUGCCCCUCUCACACCUCUCAGCCAUGGCCAAGCUGCAGGCGCUCCAGAGCCAGCCAGCAGCCCCAGAUGGUGGGUGGGGCUGGGUGGUGGUGGGGGCCCUGUUUGUGACCUCUGCCCUGGUGUUUGGGAUAAUCCGGAGCAUGGGGGUCUUCUUUGUGGAGUUUGUGCAGUACUUUGGGGAGAGCGCCCAGGCUGUCUCCUGGAUCACAUCCAUAGGGUUGGCCAUGCAGCAGUGUGUCAGUCCAUUUGGCACAGCGCUGUGUAAUGGAUACGGUGCCAGACCUGUUGUGAUGGCAGGAGGUUGUCUCUCUGCACUCGGCUUCAUCCUGGCCUCACAGGCCACCUGCGUCACACACCUCUACCUCACCUUGGGCAUCAUCUCAGGUUCGGGUUGGGCAUUAGUCUUCACUCCUAUGGUGGCGACAGUGAUGCAGUACUUCACCCGGAAGCGCUCCCUGGCCAUGGCGCUAGGCUUUACGGGCGUGGGCCUCUCGUCCUUCGCCUUCUCACCCCUCUUCCAGCUCUUGGUGGAGAUGUACACCUGGCGGGGGGCCCUUCUCAUCCUGGGGGGCCUCAGCCUCAACAUGGUGGCCUGCGGGGCCCUCAUCAGGCCCCUGGGGACUCACAAGGCUGUAGCUGCGCUGGCCCCAGGUGAGAGUGCCUGUUCCUGCGCCUCCCUCUUCCACCGGGCCUACUCCUACCUGGAGCUUUCCCUCCUCUUCCAGCGGCCCUUCCUCACUUACAGCCUGGCCAUCACCUUCUUCAACUGUGGCUACUUUGUGCCUUACGUCCACCUGGUGGCCCACAGCCGCCACGAGGGCUUCUCCCAGUAUCAGGCUGCCUUCGUCAUCUCAGCCACGGGUGUGACGGACAUCGUGGGCCGCGUGGUGUCCGGCUGGGCCUCGGACCUGGGCCGUCUCCGUCUGCCCCACAUGCUGGUCCUCUGGACGGGCCUGUUGGGCCUCUCCCUCCUCGUGCUGCCCCUGGGCUCCCUGGGGGGGUCCUACCCGGGCCUGCUCAUCAUCAGCCUAGCUUAUGGGUUCUGCGCCGGCGCCAUGACUCCCCUGGUGUUCUCGGUGGUGCCGGAGAUCGUGGGCAUGGAGCGGAUGCUGGGCGCCCUGGGGCUGCUACAGAUGAUCGAGAGCAUCGGGGGGCUGCUGGGGUCACCGCUGUCAGGUUUGUUGAAGGACCUGACAGGCAGUUACACGGCCUCCUUCCUGGUCGCUGGUGGUUUCCUCCUGCUGGGUACCAUGGUAAUGACCACUUUGCCUCACUUCUUCUCCUGCACCGACCAGCGCCCUCUCCAGAGACACGCCCGCAACUACAACAACAAGCAGCAGAACCAGCAGAGCCCUGAGUCUGGCCUCAUGACCAACUCCCAAUCAGAGAAACUCAACCACAUAGAUACCAUACCGUACUCUCAACCGCAACUGGACUGCGACAGCCUCCAGCCGGAACCAGAGGUGUACAUGCCUUUAAACUGAAGCAGAACCGAUGAUGCCACUUACUUAGCCAAUAGGGCGGCUGAAUGCCUCGUUUCUCAGUGGAGUUUCCCCAUUGGUCUGGGGAGUACAUGGUUAAGGUGCACGAGUGCUACAGGUUUAUAUUCCGAAGUCGUGUACAUUUGUGGAGGAGGAAGACACAGACAGCAAGGCAAAAAUACACAUGGGCAGUGUGGGAUGUCUACCGUACACAUCCAACCAGUAUAUCGUGUUACAUAUGACAUGGCAGUGUUAUGACCAUGGCAUUUCACACGUAUAGCUUCUAACCAGAGGAGCCUGGUGGGAGGAUCUAUAGGAGGAUGGACUCAUUGUAAUGGCUGGAAUGGAAUCAAUAGAACGGUAUCAAACACAGCAACCAUAUGGAAACUCCGUUCCAUUGAUUCCAGUCAUUACAAUGAGCCCUUCCUCCGAUAGCUCCUCCACUACUCCAUAUGUCACCAUGACUUUCAGAAUUUGCUCAUGUGAAGUCUUAUUCAGUUUUCUAGCUGUAGAGAAAAGGUCAACAUGGUGGGUGGCAUUCAGUAUAAGAAGUCCUCAGGCAACUCAGCUAGCUAUACAUCACAGACCAUAUCAUGUGACAGACUAGUUCAUGGCAUAUGUCCAACAUUUUUUUACCCUUCUCUCUCUCUCGCCGUCCAAACGGAGCCUUGGGGUAGCCCCCACAGUAGGCUACCAUAUCACUGCAGGAUCAAUGUAGGUGUACUCACAAGAUCAACCACAUCUGGAUGGCAGAAUGUUUAUUUUGUAAGGAAGUUCUAAAAGCUAAACCAGGAACCGUUCACACCAGGGCCACCAUUACCAUUCAAUAUCUUCAAUGAGAAAGGCUUCUGAUUUGUUCUUUUAAACACAUCAGUCGGUCUCUAUCUGUACCCAUAGGUACAUAGGUAGAGGGGAAUCUGGUUUGAGUUCUUUCCCCCCCACCCAACUCUCUGACUUGUCUAAUCUAGUAGGCUAUGCGUGAGUAAGAUUUAAGUAGCACUAAUCCGUUUUCUUUUAAUCAUCCUCUGGAAUGAUAUAUUCACGUGAGUCAUUUGGGGUUCUGUGUCAAAAAAUGGAUGAUUGUUUUAUGUGUACUUCUCUGACCCCUGGUAUUAUUCAACUAACUCGGGGCCACAGUCCCGUAGUCGGGCUGCUAUGAGGAUAUGACGAGUUUAAUUCUAAAACGCUAUAUAUCAAUUUUCAGAAAUGUUUGUGAAUGAGCUUUUGUAAGUUUAAAGAACUUAGUGUUUUUUUUCACUAUCUAAUCAUGGCACGGGGUUGUUCAAUGACAGACAUGUCAUUGUUUGGAUUCGAUCACUUGGUGGUUUCAUUCCAGAGAGAUAAAUAAUCAUGUUUUGUUGCAAAACGCUAUAUAUCCACCUCAUUCUCGGAGGAAUAACUAGUACUGCUAGGUUUACUAGCACUAGUACUGCUAAUAUUUACAUUUGACAUUUGAGUAAUUUAGCGGACUCUUAUCCAGAGCCACUUACAGUUCAUUCAUCUUAAGAUAGUUAGGUGAGACAAACACAUAUCAGUCAAAUGUACAAAAUUCGAGCUAAACAAUGGGUAUAUAGAGUUUUGCAAAUAAAUAAAUAAUUAAACACCUACAAUCUAUGAAUUAAAAGUCGGAAAACAUAUUUCACACCCAUGAAGAUACCCAUAAGAAAUCAUUUCUGAUGAAAAAACGUGGGAAAAUGGGUGGAUAUAGCGUUUUUGGAACAAAACUCUUCAUAUAGACAGUCUAUUCCUCAUGUACAAUAAUGUUAUACAAUCAUAUCAUAUUUUGGACUAAACACCAAAGGAACUCCAAAAGAUUGAGCUUAGUGUAGAUGGAAGAACAGCCUCUUCAUAGGGCAUGGACUCUACAAGGUGUCGAAAGCGUUCCACAGGGAUGCUGGCCCAUGUUGACUCCAAUGCUUCUCACAGUUGUCAAGUUGGCUGGAUGUCCUUUGGGUGGUGGACAAGGGAGCAUAGCUUUCACUCUACAUUUUGAAAAGAGCACGAGGUGUUUUACCAAAGCAAGUAUGGAAUAGGCUACCUACUGACAUGUAGUCACUCACUGGCAGUGUGCUCUCCUAGUUUCCAGAACUUUCUCAGUUCAGUCAAUCAACACAAUUUUCUGUUUACUGAAUAUCAAGUGCUGUUGAAAUUGUAUGUAUUUACUCUCAUGUGAAUUUCUCUUGUUCAUAAUUUAUUUCCAUGUUUUUUUUCAUCAUUUUUUGCAAGGUGAGGGCUAGACAAUUUUGCCCCCAACCCAAAUCUGUUCGUGCUGUCUUGCAACUCCUCUGGUCAUUGUCCCGCUGAACAGUGUGACAGAUCUGGGACCAGGCUAAGACGAUCAUGAUCUGGAUUUGGUUGGCAGAGCACUUCUAGGUAAUCUAAUUGGUCAGUUGAUACUUUUGUCAGUGACUAUGUUUACAUGCACACCAGAGGAGGCUGGUGGGAAGAGCUAUAGGAGUAUGGGCUCGCUGGAAUGGAAUGGUAUCAAACAUGGAAACCACGUUUGACUCCAUUCCAUUUAUACCAUUACAAUGAGCUGUUGUCCUAUCGCUCCUUCCAUCAGCCACCACUGAUGCACACAGUAUUCCAGAUAAUAGCUCAUAUCCCAUUUAAGGUCCUGUUCAGGAUAUGCUGUUUACAUGUACUUUUGCUAUCCCGCUUAUAAGUAUUUCUGUAUCCAAGAAUAAACAAAAUAUUCCUCA